UUCAUUUACUCUUGUCACUGUCUCUUCCACAAAAUAAACAAACUGCCAUGGGAGACACGGCGGAGGAAGACGACGGAGCUCACGCAGAAUCCGUCAGCUUCUCUCAGCUUCUUCUGUCCGACGACGUCGUUUUCACCACCGACAGCAGCAAACACCGCGACGACAGUGAUGGAGACGUCGCCGGAGAAGAUGCGUUGGGGUUCAGAUUCUCCGGCGGUGACGGCAGUGGGCCCCGCAUGCUGUGUUUUGGGGGAGAGUAUCAAAACGACGCCGAAUUGCUCUUCACUGAUUCACCCGUUCCUUCCACAUGCAAUAUCAAGAACGGGGACAAGAUCAACGAUGAUCCAACGAUGGAUAAAUCAACCAAAUCCAACAAGAAGAGAACCGAGCCGAAUAUGGGUUGUGAUAGGAAACCCGUGAAGAAAUCCAAAAGAGAUCAGAACAAAUCAUCACUUGGAAAGGCAAAGGUAAGGAAAGAAAAACUUGGUGAAAAAAUAGCAACACUGCAGCAGCUGGUUUCUCCAUAUGGCAAGACCGAUACAGCAUCAGUGUUGCAUGAAGCAAUGGGUUACAUCAAGUUCUUGCAAGACCAAGUUCAAGUCCUCUGUUCUCCUUACCUCAUUCCUCAUUCUCAUCUGACGUGGCAGAACGAUGGGGAUAUUGUUGGAGACCAAAAGUCGAAGAAGAAAGACCUAAGAAGUAGGGGGUUGUGUUUGGUCCCUGUAUCCUGCACCGUACACGUGGCAAAUUCCAACGGUGCCGAUUUCUGGUCACCUGUGACGUGUCACAACAGCUUGUCAGCCUCGAUGAAUCAGUGAAAGGGACAGUAAAUUUUCCCCUGAAAAUGACCAUUUGUUUACUGUUUUAGUCAAAGCGUUUUGUCUUUUUUUGUAAACCCAUUGCCACAUGGGCAGCUGUGGGGCCUGCAUAGUUGGGGGUUGUAUAUUUUGGUUUCAUUCUAAGGUCGAUAAUCGGGUCAAGCAUAUCGUAUCGAUAUAAAAAGGGUAGAAUUUUGUUUUUUUUUU